AUGCCUCCCAAGGUUGAUGCCUCCGAGAAGGGUCCUUUCACCGCGCGUGAGGUUGACACUCUCGUCAUGUCCUUCUUGUGCAUGCCCGAAAUGCCUGUGGUCGACUACGUCAAACUCGCCAACCACCUCGGCAUGGCCAACCACCGCAGCGCCUCCAACGCCUGGUCGGCACUCAAGAAGAAGAUCUCUGAGCUGAAGCCAGAUAUCCCUCUCCCGCCCAAGCCCACCAAGGCCAAGGGCAAAGCCGCUGCCAACGGCGCCGCUUCAAGCAAGAAGGCCAACGGAAAAGCAAAGCCCGCUGCUGAUGUCAAGGACGAGCCGGUGUCUGAGGCUGAAAGCGACAAGUCUGAACUUUCGAGCGUCAAGAGUGAGGAGAUCAAGAUCGACGCUUCUACCGAGAAGGCCGCCGACAAGAAGAAGCCUGCUGUGAGGAAGACAGUCAAGAAGGAGACCAAGAUCAAGAAGGAGGAUACCCUCAUCGGAGACGACGAGGAGGAGGAGGAGACACCCGUCAAGUCCGAGCAGAGCAGCGAUGUUGAGGAUGUUGCUGUCUCGAUUGAGCAAGAACACGAGCAACAGCCAGAGCCAGUCAUCAUCCCUAUCACCAAGAAACGCGGCCGCUCCGCCAAAUCCACUGAGAAGGAGGGUCCCGCGGCCAAGAAGCCUCGCACGACCGCCGCUGCUGCCAAGACUGCUUCACCCAAGAAGACUGCUGUUCCCCGCGGCAGAGCGGCUCAGGCUAAGGCUGCUGCUGCUGCUGCCAAGGCGGCGGAGGAGGCUGCGAGCAAGAAGAUCAAGAAGGAGCAGGAGGAUAGUGAGAUGGAAGAUGCCCCCAGUGCCGGUGAGGAGAGCGACCGUGGUGUGAAGGUCAAGACUGAGGUUCGCGAGGAUGCUGGAAAUAGCAGCGAGGUGGAAGCUGCUGAGCAGUUGGAGAGGGAGCAGGAGGAGGAUUGUGAUGAGGGGGAGAUUUGA